CGACUAAUGUUUUGUUGCAGGUGAAACAACAAUCAUAUAGGGUAUAUGUAAUGUAAUGGCAACUUUGGGUGUUUGUGUGUAAAGUGUUAAUACCAAAACAUGGAUGACAAAGACCAAACACAACAUGAAGUAGUGGGAAGCUCUCAUGAAGCUCUUCCAUCAAACAACGAUGACACCAGCCAUCCUUCAAUAAGUGAACCUCAACCUACUGUUUCUUCACAAGAUGUGUCCAUACCUGCUCCUAACUCCACUCAGGUUACCCCCGUCUCUCUCCCCAUUGCAACAAAUGAUCAGCAGCGACCUGUGACGAUAAACAACCCAGAAGAUGUUCAUUUUCACCAGCAAACACAAAAUGAACUCCAUUUUCACCAGCAUUACCACCAUCAUCAGCAAACACUGCAAAACAUUUCACAGAAUGUAAACAUGCAACAGCAUCCGCAACAACAGAAUUUACAACAACAACAGAUGCUGUCAUACCAACAACAACAACAUCAGCAACCACAACAUGAGCCACAAUAUGUACAACAACAACAACAACAACAACAACCAAUCAACCCAAAUGAAGUUGACCAUCCCCCAUCCACAACUGUUAAUUAUCAAGCUUAUGUUGACAAAUUUAAAGUGCAAUCACGGAAAAGAACAGAUGAAGUCCGUGGAGAAGCCCUCUUGCCAGCGGGAGUUUCAGUUCCAGGUCGUAUCACCAAGCCUGUUCCGCUUCUAAUAACCGAGGUCCGACAAAUAUUAGAUGAUGAAUGGAAGCUACAUAGAAACCAACGUGAGGACUUGCAACGUAUGUACACACCAGAAGGUUCUAUACGGAUUGAGGAACUGUUUGAUGUUGCAAAGCAAGCGGCACAACAAGAAGCAGAUAAGAAGUGUAAUACACCUGAAGCAAAGGCCAUGCAUGUAGUGAAAUAUGGUAACAUUGUUUGUGUAGUUGGACUACCUGGGGUUGGUAAGAGCACUCUUUUAAAGCAGAUGAUCAACUGUAUUGAUGUAGAUAAAUCAGUGAAACCAGGUACGCAGAUUUUGUUCCAUGUCUCACUGAAGAAUUUUGACCCAAAGAAAAAAGUUACUCUGUUAGAAUUUCUUCUCUACGGCAACUUGAGUGACUGGAAUCAUUCUGAUGAAGAGAACAAAGCUUUGGUUCGUUUCCUGUACAACAAUCCAAAUGUUGUUAUUCUGAUUGAUGGAUGGGAUGAACUGUAUACAAAACAAGCCAACAAAAAGCUCUAUGCAUGUCAACUGGAUAGCAAGCAAAUCCCAGAGGUCUUUGUCAAGAACUUGUUGAUGGGCAAUCUUCUACCUAAUGCUGCGAAAGUUAUCACAUCAAGACCAGGUCAGUUUUACGAGCUUCACCCUGAUUAUCGACAAGGUUUGGUUUCUGAGGUGCGUGGUAUUGAUAAACCUGCAAAGAAGGAUCUUACUAACCAGAUUUGUGGUGAAGCCAAUCUUGAAAAUGUGGAGAAGUUAUUGGCAGAGCGUCCAAACUUGGAUGCUUUGUGUUCAAUUCCAGUCAAUUGUAUUCAGAUUGUAGCUUGUCUCCAUUCAAGCGUGUCAUCGGGUCGUGAGAUCAACUCAAUGACUGACGUGUUCAUUCAUACUCUGACCAACUACAAAGCUUCGGAUCAUGUAAGAACAAACAUGUCGGAACGGAAACUUGGACAAGAACUGGUUAAACUUGCUCACCUUGCAUACAAAGGACUUGCUGAAAGAAAGUUGGUGUUUCAGCAAGCUGACUUUGAAGAAGUGGGAAUCAACGAACAAACUGUCGAUAUGUUCCUGCACACCUAUGUUGAGAAGUCCCAUCAUUUAAAAAUGAGAAUCUUGGAAGGAAAGAAACGAAGUUACUUCACCCAUCUCACCUCGCACGAGUUUUACGCCGCAGUUCAUAUGAUAUUGUUCAUGACACAAGAAGAAUUCCGCAGAUGUAUGGACACUUUCAAAGAUCCCCAUUGGGUUGUAGUCACCAGAUUUUUAUUUGGUAUUUGUAACUCCACUUCAUAUGAAGACCUGAAAGUGAUUUUCCCAUCUUGGAUGAUUAAAGAUUACAAAGAGAAGAAGAAUAUUCUCAAGUCUUUAAUUACACUUGAAGAUCGAGAUGAUAUAAGUGAAGAUGUGAUCCGAUUGUCAGGUUGGGUGCAUGAAGCCAACGAUGCAGAAAUAUCACAAAGGUUUCAAGAGUGCAUGCCACAGCUUAUAGAGAUGGAUGCUCCUAAAUAUUCCACAAAAGUCUCUGAUGUUGUUUUCGCAUUCAACACCUUCACAACUCUUCACAACCUUAACCUCACUAUGAAUAGAUUAGAUCAAGCUUCAGUUGAAACUUUGCUCCGAGGAUUGCAUGGAAGUCAAGCAAAGGUAAAAUUGAAAAUGUUUGUUUCAUUGAAUAAAGUAUUCGUGAUGUAACUAGAUAUGCAGCGGGUCAAAUCCGGGUCCAAUCACCCGCUCGAGUAUCGGCGUUUUCGUGGUAUUCGGACCUGGCCGGGUAAUUACUCUGUCAGGGUAAUUUUACUCAUUUUUUAGUUGUUCGUCUUCUAAUAACACGGAAAAAAAUGGUUUAAACAGAGGGUAUUUGUACGUUUUAUUGGCUCGUUAAAUCCAUGUUCUUGCGCAACAAAGCCUUACGUAACAUUUCGUACUAUGACGUAACAAACAUAAGUUUAUUUUCGCGCUAAAUAAACCGACCACAUUGAUGCAUUCUGUACUUCGCGAAAGUUUUACUGUGUGGUCAAGAGAAUCAAGAAUGAAGUCUACAAAGAUAUCUCAUUUCGUAUUUCGAAAUAAUGAAAAUAGAUACAUUAACAAGUUAAACAACGGUAUUUAAUCUGUGUAAUGCUUGAUCGCAAACG